GCCUACCAGGGUCUCAUGGAAAGUGUUCGACAAGGCGCCAAGUUGGGACUAUCUGAAUGCAAGAACCAGUUUAUGAMCGAAAAGUGGAACUGCAGCGUCUCCUUUCGAAACAAACGACUAACUGAGAUGCCAAUAUUCGCCCAGUCAAGUCUUCCGUUAGCUAAUAARGAAACAGCGUUUGUCCAUAGUAUCAGCGCCGCUGGUGUUACGUACCGUCUGACCGAGGACUGCCGAAGAGGAAAGUUUGAGAACUGCGACUGCGUCCAGAAUAAAAAGUCCAAGAAAGACUGGGGUGGCUGUAACGAUAACGUUCGGUUUGGUGACAUCUUGGCCAGACAUUUCCUGGACGCCUUAGAGAAGAACAAGAAAGCUAGAAGCGCCAUGAAUCUCCACAACAACCAGGUUGGACGCAAGGCUGUCAAAGCCACCUUAAAGAAAGAAUGCAAGUGUCAUGGCGUCUGCGGCAGCUGUUCAACCAAAACUUGUUGGAAACAACUCGCUCCCUUCCCUGAGGUCGGCAAGUACCUGAAAGAAAAAUACCUCAAAGCCAAAGCCGUCUUGAUCAAGAACUCCAAACUCAUGCAGAAAGUCARCCUGGUCCCAGUCCCCAAAAAAGAGCGCAGCCUGGUCUUCAUUGAUUCGUCUCCAGACUACUGUCGUUUCGACGCAAGCACUGGUUCCCUUGGUGUCCUGGGUCGAGUGUGUUAUAGUGAUGAMCCCAAUUAUAAUAGAUGCAAUGAUAUUUGUACUUCAUGCGGUUAUAAGCUUAAGAAAAAAUUAAUCGUUCGUUCGGUGAAAUGUGAUUGUAAGUUCGUUUGGUGCUGUAGUGUUCAGUGUAAGAAAUGUAUGAAACUUGCUGCCAUGACAACGUGUCACAGAUAAUAGCCUCAUCCUUAAUAUUGAUAUUGAACAAAUUUUCUACAUAGAAACAUAGCAGAUGAAUUCGUUUGCUGUAAUUACAACUUAAUUUUCUCAGGUUUAGAAUAAUUAUUGGUAACGAGUGAAGCUAUUAAACCCGUGAAACAAAAAUUGACAUUUAAAUUGCCACAAUAGACACAAAAGAAAACGAUGGAAUUAGAGCUUAUUAAGUCCACUAUUAGUGUGAUAUCUAUUUCACGGAUUUUUAACUUCACUCUAGUCGAAUGUAAAUAGCUUGUACAGUAAUCAGUAGAUAGAAUUACAACCAAUUGUAAUUUU